AUGGAAACUGUGAUUCUACCUAGAUUCCACGAAACUGAAAUGCCACAACCGUAUUCUAAUGCAUUCGUGUUCACUCAGUUUGACAAGGCCAUUUUUGGCAUGGACACUAUUCUUGAUUUAUUCCGUCCGUUUGUCAUAUCUGAUUUGGGGCCGCUGAUGGCGCACCGUUAUAAUGACGUGAACGAGACAUAUUGGUUGAUCGUACAAGAACUGAGGCACGUAGCAAUGAGCCUUAUUGAAAAGAAAAGUUUUGUGACGCACUGA